AUGUUUGGGGAAUUUGUGCUUACUCAAGAAAAAAUUCAGAUACCAAAGGCUGGAAAGAUUUAUUCUUUUAAUGAAGGCAACUACCAGUUGUGGGAUGGUAAAUUGAAGAAGUACAUUGAUGACCUUAAGGAUCCAGGCCCGAGUGGUAAACCUUACUCUGCUCGAUACAUCGGUAGUUUGGUUGGCGAUUUUCAUAGGACUUUGUUAUAUGGUGGGAUUUAUGGGUAUCCUAGUGACAAAAAGAGCAAAAAUGGGAAGCUGAGGCUCUUGUACGAAUGUGCACCAAUGAGCUUCAUCGUUGAACAAGCCGGUGGUAAAGGAUCGGAUGGGCAUAACAGAGUCCUUGAUAUUCAACCAACUGAGAUACAUCAGCGAGUGCCCUUGUACAUUGGAAGUACUGAAGAGGUGGAGAAAUUGGAGAAAUAUUUGGCUUAA